AGUAUCACGGGCUUCGCCGUCGGUCAGUCCCCGCGCAAGAUCGACUUGGCCUCGAUACAUGCUCACAGCGUGUUCAGAACGAAGCUGAGGAGUGGAGUCUCUCAGGAGCUGAGCUCCUCGCGUGCCCGCUCGCAGACAUGAUGGCGUCUUUCUUCAAGCUGAACGCCUCCGCCUUGCGCCUGCGAGAUCCUCGUGUCAGACCGUGCGAUGAGCGAAGCAUCGAAUUGAGCGCUGGCGGAUCCUCGGACGGAGGCUCGUCUGAGGCGCGCACCACGCUGCACUGCAUCAGCGUGACCUUGCGCUUCGAGUGCCGCACGAGGGCUAGCUCAGGUCGCGCAGCACGGCAUCUUCGGGCAGGGCUUCUGUCGUCUGCAGCGCCUGCGGCACACUGGGCCGCGUGCCAGAAGGCGCUGCUGCUCCUUGGACAAGAGAUGGCGCAGUAUGGUGGAGCUCUGUUCAACAAUGCGCUCGCUGCAAGGUCUCGAGCGCUUCGACCGUCGCUAGCGAGCCUGUCAUCGUCUCUCAGCAGCAUCUGCGUCGCCUCCUCGUUGCGCAAGCCCAAUGGCAAAGUCGCAAAGCUCGUCAAGUCCGUUCUGGCACAUGCUGAGCCGCAGUCGCAAGGACAAGCCGCUCGAGAGCGAGCAGCACGACGCCUCCUGCGAUCCGCCUCGCUGCAUCAGAGGAGCCGGUCGCAGGCAAGCACCCGCGGCGCUCUCGCCAUCUCUGCGACGCUCCAUCACGGACUCGCUCUGCUCGACCAGCGCUUCGUCAAUGGGAGCACGCUGCCUAACGCUCUGCUGCCCGUCCCGCUGCCGCCACUCUCAGAGGCAGCCGCUGCCUCGUCAUCGCCUGCACCGCUCGCGCUUCGCGAGAAGGCCCCUGCUCUCUCGAGCGCGAGUCGCCUGGACAGCGUGCAGGACGACUUCCAGCUGCUUCUCGAUCUGUCCUCCGAGCCUUCCUCGCCACUCCAUGCGUCCCAUGCGGCUCCCAGCAGUCCAGCGCUUCAACCGCCCGGAAGCAGCUCCACGCCGGGGGAGCACGCACUGCACCGACAGCUUUCGAACUGGGCCAGCAUCACGGACGCAUGGGUCGAGCUCGAGCCAGACGACUUCGAGACUCUCCACGAGCUGCGCGCCGCCAUGCACGAGUCGCAUGCAUCGCAUGUGCUUGCUGUGCAUCAGCAGCGAGACGAUGCGCAGGACGCGUGCUGCAGCAUCGAGAGCCUCGCUGCGCCUCUCUCGCUGGACGAGCUGUCGGACGACACGCUUGUUUGCAUGACACUUGACUGAGCGAGCAGCCUUUUCCCGCAUCGCAUUGCGAUCCACCCGC